UUGGUUCGUCUAACAACCAAGAUGGCGGCGCUUGUGGGACUGCGCGCAUGUUUCUCCGCACUGCAGCUGUCCUCACCAGGCCUCCUGCACAACUCAUUCAAACUUUGUGCUGUGCCUCUGAACCGGCGGACCUUUGCUGCAGAAGCGAAGAAGACAUACAGCCGGGAGAAGCCCCAUGUGAACAUUGGAACAAUCGGCCAUGUUGAUCAUGGAAAGACCACCCUGACUGCAGCCAUCACCAAAGUUCUCGCUGACGCCGGUGGUGCCAACUUCAAAAAGUAUGAAGACAUCGACAAUGCCCCAGAAGAAAAGGCCCGAGGAAUAACCAUCAACGCCUCUCAUGUUGAAUACACCACAGCCAACAGACACUACGCCCACACAGACUGCCCCGGCCACGCCGACUACGUCAAGAACAUGAUCACCGGCACGGCUCAGAUGGACGGCUGCAUCCUGGUGGUGGCAGCCACCGACGGCCAGAUGCCUCAGACGCGGGAGCACCUCCUGCUGGCCCGGCAGAUCGGCGUGGAGCACGUGGUGGUCUUCAUCAACAAGGCCGACGCCGUGGAGGACAAGGAGAUGCUGGAGCUGGUGGAGAUCGAGAUCCGCGAGCUGCUCACCGAGUUCGGCUACGACGGCGAGAACACGCCGGUGGUGAUCGGCUCAGCUCUCUGCGCUCUGGAGGGGAAGCAGCCAGAGCUGGGAGUGAAGGCGGUGAUGCAGCUGCUGGAAAUUGUGGAUUCUUACGUUCCUCUGCCCAAGAGGGAUCUGGAUAAGCCGUUCCUUCUGCCCAUCGAAGGCGUUUAUUCGAUCCCAGGCAGAGGAACAGUGGUGACCGGCACCAUGGAGAGAGGAACCGUCAAGAAAGGAGACGAGUGCGAGUUUGUGGGCCACAACCGCAGCAGCAAAUCCGUGGUGACUGGAAUCGAGAUGUUCCACAAAUCUCUGGAUCGGGCGGAGGCCGGAGACAACCUGGGCGCUCUGGUCCGAGGCCUGAAGAGGGAGGACGUCAGGAGAGGCAUGGUGAUGUGCAAACCAGGGUCCAUCAUGCCUCACCAGAAAGUCAAGGCACAGGUUUACAUCCUCAGUAAGGAGGAGGGCGGCCGACACAAGCCGUUUGUCACCAACUUCAUGCCCGUCAUGUUUUCUUUCACCUGGGACAUGGCCUGCAGAGUCAUUCUGCCCCAGGGCAAGGAGAUGGUGAUGCCGGGCGAGGACACCUCGCUGACGCUCAUCCUCCGCCAGCCGAUGGUCCUGGAGAAAGGCCAGAGGUUCACCCUGAGAGACGGAAACAGAACCAUCGGCACCGGCCUGGUGACGGACAUCCUGAAGAUGGAGGAGGACGACCACUGCAACUGGGGGGGCUGAGACCGCGGAUCAGGAGAUGGGCGGCGUUUCAGCGCCGGCUCAGUGACUUUGUCUGGUCAGAUGAAUUAACGCGGUUAAAACACAAGCU